CAAAAAAAGAUGGCGCAGAUGCGAGUGGAAAGUUCUGCAUUUGAUUUACUGACAAUGCGCAAAAUAAACAAUACAGACGCAGCCGGAUCAUUUCCAUAAUGACCUACGCAAUCUAUCUAGAGCAGCGCAAAUUAGCGUCUGGUUUAGGACAUGCUUUUUUGGGCCGGUAAACAACGGCGCAAAUAUCAGUAAAUUGACUAGCGCAAACCUUAGUAAAUCACCUUGCGUGAUUCAUUUUAAUACUCUCCUACCAUAAAUUUCUGAAAGGGAAACUCCUACAAAUGCAUAUGCAAUAAAGUCAGCCACAAAAAUAACUCUGUCUACGCCUUUUCAUCGCUAAUUUUACACUGCCUGUCUUUAGUAAACUUUGACAGUAGUUUUUAACGCCGAAAGAGGGUUUGCGCUGACGCAAGCUGUUAAUAAAUCUGGCCCUAUGUUUUAAAGCAAGCUUACUUGUGAACAAAUGUAAAUCACACACACACACACACACAUACACACUCAGAAAAGAAUAAAUAUACUUUUCUAAGGUCAGAUCUGCAGAGCAAAAAUGUGGCAUGUCUUUCACAAGGCACAGGAAAAAAUGGCAGAUUAAGAAAAAGAUUUUUUAAAGAUUUAUAACAGCAGGAUGUAGUGACCAAGAAAAGCUUUUAAAUGACUUAAAGUCAUCCCUUCAUUAUUAAUUUCAUUAUUUCAUUGCCAUCAUUUAUGUAUUAUGUGCUUGAAAAUAGGAGAAAAUUAGUUACACCAAAAAUAAUCCACCACUUAGAAAUCCUGUAGAAAUUUCAUCCCACACAUUUCCAUUCAACACUUCACUCACUGUCUUCAUAAUUGCUUCAUCCAUCAUCACAUUUUGUUAGCACAAAGAGUAUGUUCAAAUAAAUAAGGGCAAUUAUCAAACAAUAGACAGUAAUUACUAAAUUCCCUUCAACUACAAAACACACAUCCAUGAUGAACUGCAAUGAUUAAAGCUCAGGUUUGUGGAGCAGGUGCAGCAAGAGCAAAGGGACUGUUGUUCAGAUGCUCUUCCGUAUUCACGUUUGCUGCCUCACAAGACCACUGUUUACACUACCAUGCUAUAAAAACAGAUUUUCCCAACAGACUCUUUGGUCUCUGACACCAUAGAAAUACAUACAACGCUUCCAUUUUAUCAUGUGGUUUACUUACAGUUUACAUGCUACACCUGUUGACGAGAGUUGUGUGUCUUUUUGAAGUGAAACCCGCUGAGCCAGUUUGGUGAGCUCUCCGUCUGGGAAAUGCCAACAGGUGUAUUUUUAAAAGACAGAUAAAGAAAACAGAAGGGAUUAUUACGACUCCAGGUAUCCUACAAAUUCGCUAACAAUUUCACACUUGACCUGCUUUUCCUGAAGAUGACAAUCCGGAAAUUCACCAUUGAGUAUGAUGCCUUAAAUGAUCGCAACACCUUCAGCAAUGGGGAUACUUUGACAGGCAGAGUUAUUGUGGAGGUGUCAAAGGAAACCAAAAUCAAAGCUCUCACUGUUAAGGCAAAAGGCAAGGCUGAUGUGGCAUGGACUGAGACACAAGGGGAAGAGAGUGUGACGUACUGGGAUAAAGAGAAGUAUUUCUCACAAACUCAGUCUGUCUUACCGGAGGAUCAAGCAGAUGGCUCUGUUACUCUAGUGGCCGGUAGACAUGUCUUCCCUUUUGCCUUUCAGCUUCCCUACCAGGGGCUGCCGUCAUCUUUUAAAGGUGCUCAUGGUAAAAUCCACUACCGACUUCUGGCCAAGUUGAGCAGGUCUUUGCGUGCUGCGAGCAAAGCGGAAGCAAAGUUCACCUUUGUUGCCAAAGCUGAUUAUGUUCAGUCAACACUGAUGGCACCUCAACAUGGCAGUAAAGACAAGAAUGUUAUAUUUUUUGCUUCUGGAAAUAUUUCAAUGGAUAUUUUCUUGCCAAAGACAGGCUACCAGCAAGGUGAAGGGCUAGUUGUUAAUGGAGAGAUCGUCAAUAGCUCAACUCGAAAAAUUGUGCCAAAGUACAUUAUCUACCAGAAGCAGAGCUUCUUUGCUGGAGGCCAGAGAGCCGUUCAUACCACAGAGAUACUGAAGGAGAAGGGAGAGCCUUUAGUGUCCUCCACCAGACAGAAUCUGACAAAAGUACUAGCCCUUCCCCUAGAAAUGAGCUCCAGCAUCCAGAACUGCAGAAUCCUCAAAGUAGAAUAUAGACUGAAGGUUAUUUUGGAUGUAUCAUUCACUAAAAACCCUGUGAUUAAACUCCCAUUGAUCAUACUACCUCAUAGGACCUCAUCCAAAGCGUUGGAGGCAGGAUUAUACCCAGACCUGGCCAACAUGAAUAUUUUAAAUUAAUAUAAGCAAUAAGCACUACUUUUGUUUGCACUUUUGUUUUACACUUACGGAAUACUUGUUUCAGACACUAUAAAAUAUAAUUUAUUUUCAAAAAUAUGAAAGCAUUGAAGGAAAUAUGCAAAAAUGUAAUCUAUAAAUUUUGAAUAAUUUGCAUUUGUUAAAGUGAUGGUUCACCCAAAGUCAUAAAUUAUUCAUCUUCAUAUUGUUCCAAACCUGUAUGACUUUCUUUCUUCUGCGGAACACAAAAAGAAGAUUUUGAAGAAUGCUGGUAUCCAAACCAUUUCCAGACUUUAAUUCUAUGGACAAAAACCAUUUCUUAAGAAGAAAUAAAGAAGUCUUGCAUGUUUGGAAUGACAUGAGGCUGAGUAAAUAAUCACACAGUUUUCAUUUUGGGUGAAAUAUCCCUUUCAAAUUAAGUGAUUUUUAGCUUCUUAAAAAAAGUAAUUGCAUUUAAAAUAAAAUCUUAAAUUAACAUUCUAUUGACAACAAUAUCAAUCAUCCUGUCUUCAUUCAUAAUAAUAUGCAGGUAUGUAUACUAUUUUCACAUGACAAUGUCAUCCCUUCAAGUGCUUUUCCGAACAAAGUGUACAGUAAUGCAAAAAUAAAUAAAUAAAACAUAAAUGCAUGUGGUGUCCC